AUGUCAAAACCGUGCAUUCCUACAUCUCCUCAUCCUAUUCCCGAUGAAGAGGUUAUCUCUGACAUUUAUGACUUUCCCGUACUCUCUUUCGAGGGCAAAUCUAGUCCAUUUGGUAAACUAGUCGCUGCAAGAGAUGGUGUUCUCAACGUUGUCGUGAUAUUCAUUCGCCACUUCUUCUGCUCCUGCGAUCAAGAUUAUAUCCGUUCCAUAGCGCUAUAUCUUACACCAACCGUCCUCUCUACUCUGGCCAUUGGGCCGUCUAGACUCAUUAUCGUCGGUUGCGGUGACCCGUCCCGUAUCCUCCCUUAUGCUGCAGAAACAUCCUGCGAGCUCCCAAUAUUCACGGAUCCUACUGGCCGCAUAUAUGAAAGGCUCCAGAUGAAAAAAUCCUUGACUAUCUCCGGAAGACCGUCAUAUGUGAAACAGUCCUUACUCAGUCUUAUCAUUGUCACGAGCCCUGAUUGUGUGAGGCGUCUGAUUGGAUGUGUGUAUAUUCUGAGUUGCAUAUGA